AUUAUUACUCGACUCGAUCGAGCACAAUUGCCGCCAUCUUGCUCUCCAUCUCUCUCCCGCCCCUGUUUCACCAAGAGCGUCGAAGGACUGACGGAAUUUUCAUCGGUUUCUCGGUUGAACCAAUGGCGUCUUCGAAGCUUCUGAUGACUUCGAUUGCGGCGGCGUUCGUGAUUUACGGUGUUGGAGCGGACUCGGGGAUUGAGGAAUUGCGUUCCAGGUUAUCUGCCCUAGAAUAUAGUAUCGCAGAUAGAAUUCAGGAUAUAAAGAAGAAGGAUCAGAGCAUCUUGAAUUUCGAAAAUGCUAUUAACGAGAAGUCAGCAAGCAUUUUUUCUCUGCAGAGUCAGAUAGAAUUACUUCGGAAACAAGCUGCUGCUGAUGCACAACAGUAUGUGGAAAAGGUCAAUAAACAAGCUUCUGAGAUGGAAAAACAGGUUGCUAGGCUUAAGAGUGAGAUUGAAGCACAGACUAUGAAGAGAGGUGCUCUGGAAGCUCGGGGCGCUGAAGCAGAGAAGAAUAUGCAAGAACUAAAUUUAAAGCUGGAGCGUUUUUUCUUUCAGCUCCAAGAGAAUUAUGAUAAACAGAAGCUCAGAAUAAAAAAUACCGAACGUGAUCUUCAAGUUGCUGAGGAGGAGUUGAUGAAAGCACAAUUAGAAGCAGCUUCAAAGUUAAAAAAGUUGACUGAGGUUCAUGUAGCAUGGCUUCCAGCAUGGAUUGCAUUUUAUAUGAGUCAUUGCGUGGAUGUUGCAGUAACCCACUGGAAUGAGCAUGGAAAACUGGCAUUGGAUGGUUUCUUCCAAAAGGCAUCAGAGAAAUCAGCACGUGUGGAGAAAUGGGCUGAAAGUCAUUUGCAUGCAACCCAAACUAAAUGGAUCCCUGUUGCGAAAGAGCGAAUGUUCAGCUUUACAUCCUACGUUCAACCAUAUGCUCAGCUUACAUCAGCAAAAACCAUGGAAGUUUAUGAGACAUUCAAGAAAAAAAUCGCACCCCAUAUUAUGAAAGUACAAGAACUACCGAAUCCUUAUUUCCUGGAAGCUAGGAGGUUCUCAAAGCCUUAUGUUGAUCAGAUUACUAAUGUUGCUAGGCCGCAUGUUGAGCAAUUACAAGUUGUUUUUGAUCCUAACCUUGCAGUUCAAUCAUAUAAAAAGUUUGCUAAAACAACAUUGACUUACCACAAUCAGGUUAAAGUCACUGUCCAUGAGAACCUAAAGAAACAUGAUUUAACUAAACGGUUCGCAACUACGGAACUUUCAUGGUUUUUGGCAUCUGCAAUCUUGGGGUUUCCCAUGUUUUUCCUACUCAGACUUCUUUCGGCUAUUUUCUGUAAGAAAACAAUCUGUGGCCAGAAUGCAAACAGGAAUCAAGCACCAAGAAACCAAAAGCGCAAGCAUGGUGGCAAAUAGGAUAUCAUAACCUUACUAUCCUUGCAUAAUCUUAUUUUUUAGGUACAAGCUGGUUUCUCCCUUUUCCCUCAACUGUAAAUGGUUUUUUUGUUUCUAAUAUACCUACUCAUGAAAGAAGAAGUCCCUUACAUCUAUCAUGUACUUAGAAAGCAAUACUUUCUGAACUAUUCUACAAGAGGUCAUGGCUUUUUUUUAGGCUGUUGAUAGUUUUUGCAAUGUAAUACUAAAGAAUGUGAAGAUCCUAAGCUUGUUCUAUGAUAAUAGAUUUGCCUCAUUUUAUUGGGAUGCUUCU